GCAAGCAAAGUGGCGACGGCCGCUGCGUGGCGCUGGGAAUCUGCGUCCACCGCCGCGAUUGGGCGCCCUGCGUCGUGGGCGGGGAGUUCUGUGAGCAGAGGAGGCCGAGUGGGGGCGCUCGGCGACUCUCUGUGUCUUCCUCAGGCCUCGCGGCUGGAAAUCGGCGAUUACCUCAUUAUAAGGAAAAUGAAUCACUCCUCAAAGGCAAAAGGUCUCAAUGUUCCAAAAUCAGAUAAGCAACACUCAAAAAAAAGCCACACAGCACAUUUGCCACAGGUUUCAAAGGCAGAGGAGAUACCAGCGCAAGAAGACAUUUCAGCUCGAAAAAUACAGAGAGCAUGGUUCAUGCAUUUGGACAAAGUGAUAUUUCAACUCCUAAAACACACAAUUUGUGCAGCGGAGUAUUGCGUGACUCAUGAAAUACUGAAGAAUGUGAGCCCCUCAGAAGCUAAACUCACUAAAGAUCCUAGCAUGAAGUGUAAAGUCAGAUUCAGAUUUAGUGGUGAAACAUUUCCACCUUUCAUCGUGUUUAAAAUUUUUCUUCAUACUGAGGGCCAUGGUUACAAGUAUUUCAGCGGGAAAAAUUUAUUCAAACCAUCAAGCAAGGCAGUAAUUGAUGCUUGCAAAAUGAUGGGAAGACAGAAAUUUUACGAGCAAAUUAUGGAAGAUGAACGUCUUUUUCAGAAGUUCAAAGUAACUGACCACGUAGAUAUUGUCACCACACAAGAUUACAUGCAAUAUUCCAGCCUUCUGGAUGAGAUCCCUGCAUCGUCUGGUGGCAAGAAUAACCUUUGGCGAAGAUUAAACCUCAAAAGCAUUCCCAGGACAAUGAUGAUAUAUGACAUAGUUAAUUAUGCAGAGUCUGGAGUAAUGUCAGGCCGUUUACAAAAAGAAAUGAAGUAUCUGUUACAGAGACCGCAAACGGAAGAGAUGCAUCAGCACCAGCUACAGAUUGUUUCUGAAGUUAGGAGUCCAUCCUUGGCGAGUCUCCAUCCUUUAUAUCGGCCCUACCAACAACAAAGUAAAGUGAGACAUUUGGGGCGUCGAUCUAAGCAAGCACAAAUGAAAGUUGAAAAAAUGAGAGAAGCUUAUAUGACACCUAAGAAAAAAGAUGCUUCAGAACAACCGCAAACAGCCGCGCCACCUAAAAGGGUACAAGAGACGACUGUGUUCUCCAGCCCAUCUUUCAACAUUGUGAAAUAUAAAGAAUUCACCUCAAGUAGUGACUUAAAAGAAGAAGAAGAAGAAGAAGAGAAAGAAGUAUUUGCCUGGUAUCAACAGUUGUAUCAUCAGUAUUUUCCAUGAUGUCAAUACAGAGCUAACUGACAGGACACCAAAGUUGCAUGUCUGUCUAAAAAUAAAGGAGAAUCAAAUAGAAGCAGGCCCUCAGUCUGCUCUUUUCACCAAGCACAUGGCAUUUUUUGUAAAAUGCCUUUUGUGUUACCAUAGGUGUAGAUAUGUUUUACUGACAGGAUUCGAAUCUGAAUAAAUUAUUUCUAUUAGAUGUCUUUGAAUCACCAGCAUACACCAUUGUUCAAGAAAUGAUGAGUACAUUAGUUCCUGAGAUUUUAUUCAAUUUUGACUUUUUGCAUUUAAAAAAAAAAUACCUGAAUAAGCCACGCUGAGCAUAAAUACUAAAAUUCACAGGCAAGAAUGCUGCUCUGUAGUUAGCCUCGAGUGUCUUUUUGUAGGUGCGUGUUGUUUUUACAGAACAGCUUGAGAAUGAGCUAUCCUGAAUUAUGAUAAAAGUAGUAAUGGAUUGUUGCUAUGCAGGCAUGGCAUGGCAUAGCUAAUCAUUACUGAGCAUUGAAAGCACCUGAAGCAGAACUCGGCCUCUGCUUUAAUGCUGCACUUUGGGUAUUUUUCAAGCAUAAAGACUGUUGUGAGUAGUAUUUAUCAAAUUCAUUUUGAAUUGAUAGAUCGCAUUCCUGAUACAGUGAAAAUUUUUGAUUUCUUCUGUGAUCCAGGAUUAUACCACACCUUUUCAGAGCCCACAGUAAAUAAAAUACAGUUAUCCUGUG